GUGCUCGUUCCGGGGCGGCUGCGCUCCCGUGCGCCACAGUGAUGAUGAUGAUGACGAUGAUGAGGCACCAUGCAGCUCCAUCCCUCACUGAGCCGACGAGGAGGUGACUGAUCAACACAUGACACUCCCCAGGUCUCCAUUUGGAACAAACAGUAGAGCUGCUCGGCCUACUUUCAGAUACCAGGUGAAACCACUGACAAUGCAUGGCCUGUAAGCCACCAAUCAUGGCCCACAGGAAGCGGCCGGGGACCAGUGGGGGGAUCGGUAUGUCUGCUCCGGGCCCCGCCCCCUGCCCUGCCCCUCAUCCCGCAGAGUCAUGUGACCUGAAGGCCCUCCCCGCACGACAACGCCCACUCCGCUACCACAAAGAGCCACAUGAUCAGAAACCCCUCCCGCGCUCCUGCAAGGCACAGUAUCCCUCCUCCAAGACUACAGACUCAUGCCACAGCCACCCGGAAGAAGAUGCUGCUGCAGCGGUGGAAGUGAAGCGGUACAGCAACCAUGAAGCUGACCCGCAGCCAGAGAAUCAGCGUCCAGCAACUCCGUCCACACCCGAGCACAAUCAUGUCCACGAUGAACAUCAGGCAGACUUUCAUGGUGAAGCUGACAGUCUGGAUGAUGACUCCAGCUCUGACUACAUCAACAACACCUCAGAGGAUGAGGAAGAUUAUGAUGAUGGACUAGCAGAGGAGGACGAGGGCGUCACCUACUACAUCCGCUACUGCCCGGAGGAUGACAGCUACCUGGAGGGUAUGGACUGUAGCAGCCAGGGGGACGGCACGGGCACCAAGCAGCCGUGUGGGUCCCACGCCAGCGAAUGCCAGGAGGCGGUGGAAGGGUGGGCCGAAGAUGACGAGGGAGAAGUGAAAGAGGGGGAAUGGGUGGAAAACGAGGAGGGCGAGGGGGCGAUGAGGGAGGACUGGCAGGAAGAGGAGGAAGAGGUGGUGGAGGAGUGGAGGGAAGAAAGUGAGGGGGCGCAGGAGGAGUGGCGGGAAGAGGACCAGGGCAGGCAGGAGCAGUGGGCCGAACGGGAACGACACAGGGCGAAGGAGUGGGCCGAGGGGGCGGGAGAGGUCCGCUGUGAGGUGGUGGAGCAAGAUCCCGACGAACAGAUUUACAACGGAAGACCAGAGCCCAUCCUGGACCAUCACCGCCACCAUCACAACCAACACCAGUCGGCCAUGGAAGACACCCUGUACACCCAACGGGGCGACAGAGAAGAAGAGGAGGCAGAGAGUGAGGAGUGUUGCCCCAAUGAGGAGGAAGAUGAGGAAUGUGAUGAAAAGGAUAGACAUGGAAGGGCUUACCCUGGAGACUACUAUGCUCCCGAAGAUAACGGGAACUCUCUACGAGUCUCCCCUUACCGUAGCCGCAAAGUGCUGGUGGUCGAAGGGGAGACGGGGGAGGAGGCAGAGGAGGACAUUGACCAAAUUGUUGCUGAGAUCAAGAUGAGCAUGAGCAUGGGGAGUCUGAGCAGCGGCACCGACCAAAGUCCAGAGGAGCUGGCACAGGACCCUGCACCGAGUGACUACCCUCACUCUAAAUCUGAGGCUGCCUCCUACCCACCAGCCCACCAUCGCCACGACAGCAGGCCAAAGUCCCUGAACCUUCCCUCUGUGCACCACAACAACCCGGACCUUCAGAGGACCAUCAAAGCACACCCACACUCCCCUGAGGACAGGCAGAGAUGGGUGCAUGAGCAGGUGAGCAAUGGUCCCGAGCAACCCCGAAAACAGCAGCGCUCCGACCUCAAUGUUCCCCUGGAGAACAACAACGUACCAGAGCCAACAAAGAAAAUGGCAUCGUUCCCCAGCUUUGUUGAUGUGCCGGGGCCUUGUGAGCCUGAAGACCUGAUUGAUGGCAUUAUCUUUGCUGCUAACUACCUGGGCUCCACCCAGCUGCUGUCUGAGAGGAACCCCUCCAAGAACAUCCGCAUGAUGCAGGCGCAGGAGGCCGUCAGCAGGGUCAAGAGGGUUCAGAAAGCUGCCAAAAUCAAGAAAAAGGCGAGCGCCGAUGGAGARGGUCAGACUCUCACCGAGGUCGAUCUGUUCAUCUCCACCCAGAGGAUCAAAGUCCUCAACGCAGACACACAAGAAACGAUGAUGGACAACGCGCUGCGCACCAUCUCGUACAUCGCCGACAUCGGGAACAUCGUGGUCCUGAUGGCGAGGCGGCGGAUGCCUCGAACGGCUUCACAGGAUUGUAUCGAAACCACACCUGGUGCACCCGAGGCCAAGAAGCAGUACAAGAUGAUCUGUCAUGUCUUCGAGUCUGAGGAUGCUCAGCUCAUCGCCCAGUCCAUUGGUCAGGCGUUCAGUGUGGCCUACCAGGAGUUCCUGCGAGCCAACGGCAUUAACCCCGAGGACCUGAGUCAGAAGGAGUACAGUGACAUCAUCAACACGCAGGAAAUGUACAACGAUGACCUCAUUCACUUCUCCAACUCUGAAAACUGCAAAGAGCUGCAGCUGGAGAAGAGUAAAGGGGAGAUCCUGGGCGUGGUGAUUGUGGAGUCCGGCUGGGGCUCCAUCCUGCCCACGGUCAUCUUGGCCAACAUGAUGAACGGCGGCCCGGCAGCUCGCUCCGGCAAGCUCAGCAUCGGAGACCAGAUCAUGUCCAUCAACAACACCAGCCUCGUGGGGCUGCCGCUCGCCACCUGUCAGGGAAUCAUUAAGGGCUUAAAGAACCAGGUGACGGUGAAAAUGAACAUCGUCAGCUGCCCUCCUGUCACCACAGUCCUCAUCAAGAGACCAGAUCUGAAGUAUCAGCUGGGCUUCAGUGUCCAGAAUGGUAUUAUAUGCAGCCUGAUGCGAGGGGGCAUCGCAGAGCGAGGUGGGGUCCGCGUGGGUCACAGGAUUAUAGAGAUCAACGGGCAGAGCGUGGUGGCCACAGCACACGAGAAGAUUGUUCAAGCGCUCUCCAACUCUGUUGGCGAGAUCCACAUGAAGACCAUGCCAGCAGCCAUGUUCAGGCUUCUAACGGGACAGGAAACGCCCAUGUACAUAUAAAUGAUGAAGAGGAGCCACUUCACAGGACUUCAUCAUCCUCAUCAUCUCACUAUGAGCAGAUUAGUCACCAACAGGAGGCUCCUUCCUCCAGCAAU